UCGUGGCUACUCCGGUGGUCGGCCGGCAAGAAGCCGGGGGAGGGGUCGCAAACUGCCGGCGAGCAGUCGACGUCGGCGCGCAGUCGACGUCGGCGACUGAAACUUUGACAGCAACCACGCGUGUAUCGUGGGGCUGCGGUUCGGCGUUGUGGGCUGGCGCUGGUGGCUCUGCUGCCGGUGUCGGCUCACGGGUAAUGAAACCGGCGAGUUGCCGGCGAGAUCACCUGAAAAGGUGGCCGUUUUCUGGGCUGCGUGAAGGCUGGCAGCUUGCUGUUGGUCUUCACGUUUUCCAAAACAAAAAAAAAAAAAAAAUCCUUUUAAGAAACGUGCCUAUAAACUGGGCAGCAGCAGUUUUUUUUUGUUUUGUUUUAUUUUGGAAGUUUUAUUUUGAAAAUCAGAAUAUUGAGAAAGAUAAAUUUCAAUUAUGUUAAUUAUUGACUUGGUCAUAAAUUUCAAUCCAUAAUCUGAUUUUUUAAUCUAAUUAAAAUUAAUUAGGCUAGUUUUAAGGGAUAGAAUCUUUAGGUGAUUAGUUAUUACUUAAAAUUUUAUCUCUUCUUUAAUUAAGAAUAUUUGAUAUUUUAAUUGAUUGGCAAGUAUAAUAUGUGAUAUUAUUAUGUGGCUUUUAUAUAUGAUAUAUUUGCUAUGUAUGACUAGUAUGGCCCAAAUUAAGAUAGAAAAUACGAUCUGCGUAUCGUGAUGUAUUCUUGUAAUUUUAAAUACGAUCUGCGUAUCGUUAAGUAUUUUUGUAAUUUAUUUAAUUUAGUUAUUAUGUAAAUUAUUUUUGAUACUUAUGUAAUCCAAAGAAGAGUCCAUCAAGAGAAGGCCCAUGGAAAAGGUGGAUGGAGAUCCAUGAAGAGUCCAAGAAGGAGCCAUUGAUGAUUAGUUCUUAGGAUUAGGGGCCAUACUAGAUCAUUUUAUUUUCGCAUUUUAUUAUUCUUUAAAAUGCUUAUAAGUUUAUUGUAUGUUGGUUGUUGAUGCGCUAGAGUUCACUAAUUCAUAACAACAUAAUAAACUUAGGCCCCGUAAAUAUUAAGGUUUGCUUUUCCAAACAUAAAGUACUUAUAAAACCCUUAAUUAAUAGUAAUAGGUCAUGCCUCCGCAGGGUGUUAUCAUUAAUUUUGGGAUUAAUAGGUAAAAUUGCGAAUUUUACAACUUAGUUUGGUUGUCCUUAACAAAAUUAUCAAAAGCGUUUUGAAUUUUGAAGCAAGAGAUAGUUAAACAUGCGAUGUUUAUCCAUCUAAACAAGAGUUAUAAAGUGUUAUAAUUAGUAAAAGAGUUUACUUACCUUGAUAAUGUAACGUUAUGAUAAGGCCUCCGUCUGCUUAGUGUUACAUGUUGAUAGGAUCUUGUAAAACACUUAUUCAUAGGGGACUUUAAUUUUGAAUAGGUGGUCAACCUAGAAACCUUUACAUGUUUUAGGUUGCUUUAUAAACAUAAAAUUGAACUUUGCCUUAUUUUUCUGUCUGUAGAUAUCAUGUCUAAUAACAACAACAACAACUCCGGUUUCAACAUUCGUCCUUUUCUGGAAAAGGACAGACUGAAUGGUGAAAAUUUCCUUAAUUGGGAAAGGACCUUAAGACUCGUUCUGAGGUUUGAGGGUCGAGAGGACGUCUUAGAUACCCCGCUUCCUGUAAUAACUGAUGAAUCAACUGACGCUGAAAAACGUCGUGCAAAACAGGCUAGUGAUAAGUCUAUACCAAUCACUUGUUUGAUGGUAGCAGCCAUGGAGCCGAACCUCCAAAAGAGGUUCGAAACCAAGGAUGCCUACACGAUCAUGCAAGAGCUGCGGGCCAUGUUUAAAACUCAGGCCCGAGUUGAGCGGUAUGAGACUAACAGGGAGAUCCUUGAAUGUCACUUGAAGCCGGGUCAAGCUGUUGGCCCCCAUGUGUUCGAAAUGAUGGGUCUUUUCGAAAACAUGGAAAGACUUGGGUUCCCUUAUAGGCUCGAGUUGGCUACUGACAUCAUUCUCCACUCACUACCUGAAAGUUUUAAUCAGUUCAGAAUGACCUACAAUAUGAAUGAGUCUGAAAAGACUUUGCAAGAGCUGCAUGGAUUGUUGGUCAAUGCUGAAAGGAACAUCCCUAAGGUUGAACCAAAGAAAGAGGUUCUGUUGGUUCAAAAGGGAAAGGGUUUCAAAAAAAAUGGGCAGGAAAGAAGGACAAAGGCAAGCAAGUUGCCACUGUCGCUGAAAAACCUAAGCCAACCGCCAAGCCCAAGGUUGCUGCGGAAAGCAAGUGCUUCCACUGUCACAAGAUUGGACACUGGAAGAGGAACUGCCCGAUAUACUUGGAGGAAAUAAAGAAGUCUGGGGCUUCUACUUCAGGGACUAAAAAGAAGUAGGAAGUUGGCAAAAGGCGAGGUAGAGCUACGCGUUGGAAAUGGAGCACGAGUUGCUGCACUUGCCGUCGGGAACUAUAGUCUACACUUGCCAUCUGGGCUUAUUUUAGAAUUAAAUAAUUGUUAUUUCGUUCCUACAAUAACUAAGAACAUAAUUUCGGUUUCAGUUUUGGAUUCUGAAGGUUUUUGCUUUAAAUAAAGAACAAAUGUUGUUCCAUUUCUUACAAUAAUAUGUUCUAUGCCAGAGCUAAUUUGAUAAAUGGUUUAUAUGUGCUUGAUAAAUCAUUACAAGUCUAUAACAUAGAUAGCAAGAAAAAGAAAUCAAAUGAUUCUAACCUAACCUAUAUUUGGCAUUGCGAAUGGGUCAUAUAAACCAAAAGCGCAUUCACAAGUUACAAAAGGACGGUAUAAUUCCAUCAUUUGAUUUCGAAUCAUUUGAUGUAUGUGAAUCAUGCUUAAUGGGUAAGAUGACAAAAUCACCAUUUACUGGAAAAGGUGAAAGGGCCAGCGAUCUUUUAGGACUCAUACAUACAGAUGUAUGUGGUCCUAUGAGCACAAAGGCAAGGGGAGGGUUUAAUUACUUCAUCACCUUCACUGAUGAUUUGAGUAGAUAUGGCUAUAUUUACUUAAUGAAACAUAAGUCGGAAUCUUUUGAUAGAUUCAAAGAGUUCCAAAAUGAAGUACAGAAUCAACUUGGUAAGACAAUAAAAGCACUACGAUCCGAUCGUGGUGGUGAAUAUUUGAGCCAAGAGUUUGAUGAUCAUCUAAAGGAUUGUGGAAUUCUUUCACAAUUAACUCCACCAGGAACACCACAGUUAAAUGGUGUAUCUGAAAGGAGGAAUCGAACAUUACUAGAUAUGGUUCGAUCUAUGAUGAGUCUUGCUGAUCUUCCGAUUUCUUUUUGGGGAUACGCUCUCGAAACUGCUGCACACACACUAAAUAGGAGCCCGUCAAAGGCUGUAGAAAAGACUCCAUAUGAGUUAUGGAAUGGAAAACCUCCAAACUUGUCUUUUCUAAAAUCUGGGGAUGCGAGGUCUAUGUAAAGCGGUUACUAUCAGACAAACUCGCACCCAAGUCAGAUAAAUGUCUCUUUGUGGGAUAUCCAAAAGAGACAAGGGGUUAUUACUUCUAUAACCGUCAAGAGAACAAAGUGUUUGUUGCUCGUGAUGGUGUCUUUCUUGAAAAGGAAUUUGUUUCUAGAAAGACAAGUGGGAGUAAAAUAACACUCGAAGAAAUUCGAGAUGAGCAACAACUGGACGUGGCUCACACCAUGUCAGAGACGGCCCAACAAGACGAAAGUCAUGUUGAGGAGAUAACGUAUUCAACGCGUGAACCUCCUACCGUCCCAUUCGAAGUUGAAUCAAGCGAAAAUCUUCAAACUGUUGAAGAGAACGUUUCUCUUGAUGCUCAGACCCCGCGUAGGUCAAGUAGACCAAGGAUUCCAAACAAAAGGUUGGUUGAUUUCCUAAUGACUGAAAAUUCUGAAAUUAUGAUUUUGGAAAAUUCAGAACCUACUACCUACAAACAAGCUUUGACGAGCCCAGACUCUGAGAAAUGGCUUGAGGCCAUGAAAU